AUGUCUGAUUAUACUCCCGCGUUGAUCGACUCGUGGAGAUCAACUGUCUCUGCGUUAGGCUUUCUUGCGCCGACGAGUACUAGAGAGUAUGCAUCUUCGCGUCCCUGUGGGUUCGCUCAAAGAGAGACGAACUACUUCGCUGAUCGUACUCACACCUGUCGGUUUGCUGAAAACGACGUGAUGAUUAUGCAUGCUGACACGAACCGAGGUAUAGAAGUAUUGCUGAACCCAAUAUACAACAAAGGCACGGGGUUCAGCCUGGCUGAAAAAGAGCGCCUAGGAAUACGAGGGCUGACCCCUCCUCGCUACUUCACGAUUGAGCAACAGUGCAAAAAGAUAUGGACAAAUUUGACCGAGAAGGGAAAAACGGGCAUGUUUAGGUGGAGAUCUAUGCAGGCGCUACAGGACCGAAACGAAACCUUGUUCUAUCGACUUUUGGUUGAUCAUAUUGAGGAACUUGCACCAGUGAUUUACACUCCGACUGUUGGUGAGGCGUGUCUCCAAUAUAGCAGACUAUUUCGGCGUCCACGAGGAAUGUACUUCAGUGCCGACGACGUGGGUCACUUUAAUGCGAUGAUGUACAACUGGAAGAAUGAUGUAAGUGUCAUUGUCGUCACAGAUGGGUCGCGAGUUUUGGGUCUUGGGGACCUAGGUGCACAUGGGAUGGGCAUAAGCGUUGGUAAGCUGGACCUUUACGUCGCAGGUGCCGGCAUCGAGCCGAGUUCUGUGCUUCCCUGCGUUCUUGAUGUCGGUACCGACAAUGAGGAGCUGCUCGCUGAUCCAUACUAUUUUGGCCUUCCUCAAAAACGUAUUAAGGGCGACGCGUUCAUGAAUAUUGUUGAUGAGUUCAUUCAAGCUGUCAAAAAUCGGUGGCCGAAAGCGCUAGUACAGUUUGAAGACUUUUCAACAGAUCACGCCAUGCCUAUUCUCAAACGGCAUCGGGAAAAUGUACUUUGCUUCAACGACGAUAUCCAGGGGACUGCGGUCGUGGUUCUUGCCGGGAUUUACGGCGCGAUGGCGGCGAUGGGUAAAUCCUCUGGCGCCAUCACCGAACAGACAUUUGUGGUGUGUGGCGCUGGGAGCGCAGGCAUGGGUAUCGCUAAUUUCAUCCACGCUGCCUUGGUUCACCACGGGCUAAGCCCACAACAAGCUUUCGAGCGCUUCUAUAUUCUUGACAAACAUGGGCUCAUAACAAACAAUAGAGAGCUUAAAGAAGGGGAACCUGGAGUAGAUGAUCUGCGACCGUUCGCCGAAAGCCGUCGGGACUUGCCAGACGGAAUCAACCUCAGAGAAGUUAUUGAAUCUGCUAAGCCAACCGCACUUUUGGGCGCGAGCACAGUAAGUGGAUUGUUCACUCAUGAGAUCCUUACUCGGAUGGGAGAACUUAACAAAAACCCCAUCAUUAUGCCUCUGUCGAACCCAACAAGCAGGGCAGAAUGUACCGCGGAAGCAGCAGCGAAUGCAACUGAAGGAAGGGCGAUAUUCUCAGCCGGAUCACCUUUUGAUGACGUGUCCAGGGGCGGAGUGACUAUGGUUGCGAAUCAAGGCAACAACCUUUACGUUUUUCCCGGCCUAGGCCUUGGAAGCAUACUUGUUGGAAGUAACUACAUCAGCGAUGGAAUGCUUAAUGCUGCGGCGGAGGCGAUACCAAAAACCCUCCAUGAUGGAGCCAUUCGGAGGCGAGCUAUUUAUCCUCGUAUUGCAGACAUUCGGGAUGUCAGCGUAAAAGUUGCAGCUGCUGUUAUGAAACAAGCUGUAGAUGAAGACCGGGAGAAUCGAGGUGGGAAAAUAGCACACAUGAUUAGUCGUGAAGGGAUUGAAGGACUCGAGCGGUAUGUUCGAAGCUCUAUGUACUACCCAGAGUAUCGGCCGACCGUAUUUUCUCCAGGGAGCGGCAGAGGUACACUCUGAAAUGAAAGGAGUAGCCAUUUGGAUAUGAAAGUUUGAUAGCCGCGGCUGCUGAAUAUGCAUGCGUAUGAUCAGUAGAACAUCGUUUUUUCAUUAAAUUAUCACUGUGCACACAU